AUGAUGCCCAACCCCUUCCCGGCCCCAACCACGAUUGACGACCUAAUCAACAUCUGGUGGGUACCUUUUGAGGCGGCUGCAGGUGGUUCAGACAUCGUUACGGCCAUAAACGAAAUAGAGAGCAAACUCGCUAUUGAUGGGGUGGCCCGUCAGGCCUGUAGUGUAGCCACUGACACGUCCAUGGAUACUACGCCAUCCAAAAUAAAAAUUGCCUUGUACGUCCUGGAUACUAGUGUAGCCAAAGCGUUAAGUUUUAUAAAACUGACAUCUAGGGACAAUCUGCAGUACGUUUUAUCACCUAGUGAAAAUGAUCUGCCGUCUAACGACGGGAGCCAUAGAGGCCAUGGUAGUCGUGGCGACCGUGGCAACCAUUAUGGUGGAGAACGCCCUAACAGUCGGAGACACCGGGGAGGCCGAAGAGGACGCGGAGGACACGACAAUCAGCCCUCCCAAGCAAGGAUAUUGGCGUCGCCGGAGCGCGAACCAUGCGAGUUCAUGGAACCAGAAUGUGAUAGCCAGCGUAAAAAAAUUAUUAUUUUAGAGGAUAUACAAUUGGUGCCCCCCAAACACGCCGAAAUCAUGGCUAACGUCGAGAUACAUAACAUUCAACAAUCGCCGCCCGGGGAUGUCGAGAUAGAUGAAAUUCAACUAUCUCCGCCCAGGGACGUGGAGAUACAAGACCUGAAACCUAGAGAUUUGCUGCGUAUCGGUACGUCAGACCUCGAUACCGUCCCUUAUUCUCCCGACUACUUAGACAGUCUGGAUCCGGUUCGCUUAGAUACGGAGAUCAAUAGAGCCUUAAUGGCAAAAACUCCUAAAAAAAGGGGCAUACCUUCUGCAAAUUCUUCCUCAAUAAAUCCCUUGAUAGAUUGA